CCCAGCCACAAUGUUGCGCGGCUGCUUAAAAGCCACUGCGGGUGCCAAGCCCAGGUUCCCCUGCUACCUGCCGGCUCUUCUCCUUCCUCCCCCUCACUAGCCUCUCCCCCCCUCGCCUGCACGCGCCACUGCUCUCCAAUCUCCACCGCAAGAAGAGAGUGAGCAUCCUCCCGAAGAAGCUUCCAUAGCCGGUGCUGGAUCUUGCAACCAGACUGCGUGCCCUCUGCGGUGAAGUGAAGCGAAUCGCCGGUCGACACUUGUGAUGGUCUGAGCCAUGAGCCAGUUCGUGCCAGAUUGGGGGAACAUGGGGGACAUCUCCAGGCCACUCGGCGAAGACGAUGACCUCAUGGAGCUGCUGUGGUGCAACGGCAAUGUCGUCAUGCAGAGCCAGGGUCAUCGGAAGCUGCCGCCGAGGCCUGAGAAGGUUCCGGCGCCGCCGGUGGUGCAAGAAGACGAGGCCGGCCUCUGGUUCCCGUUCGCGCUCGCUGACUCGCUCGACAAGGACAUCUUCCAGGACCUUUUCUGCGAGGAACCACCGGGGGCGGCCGGCGUCGACGGCGCCGGCAAGAUCGGCACGGAUGGUGUGCCAGUAUUAGGGGAUGACAGGCGCAGCAGCCAGUCGUCCGCGGUGUCGGCGGCGAGCGACCUGAUGCCGCCUCCCAAGUCCACGCACGUGUCCUGCUCCAGCAGGCAGCAAUCGAUGAGCCUGGCCGACUGCGGCGACAACGCCGGCGGCGUCCUGUCGGACCUCGUCCAGCCUCGCGCCGGGAAGGCGGCGAUGGAGGAGGGCGCGUCGUCGACGCUGAGCGUGAUGGGGGCGAGCUUCUGCGGGAGCAACCAGGUGCAGGUGCAGGGCGCGGUGAGCGAGCAGGGGCGCGCCGGCCACACCACUGCCUAUGGCGGCGGCGGAGCGGGCAGCGCUCUGCCGUCGGCGGUGGGGAGCGGAAAUGCAAACGCCAGAGGCAGGGGCCACGAGGCCACCGUGGCCUCCUCGUCGGGGCGGUCCAACUACAGCUUCGGCGUGACCACCACCACCACCGGCACGGAGCCGACGAGCACGAGCCACCGGAGCAGCAAGCGCAAGCGGGGGCUGGACACGGAGGACUCGGAGAGCCCCAGCGAGGACGCCGAGUCGGAGUCGUUGGCGCUUGAGCGCAAGCCGCCGCAGAAGCUCACGACGGCGAGGAGGAGCCGCGCCGCCGAGGUGCACAACCUCUCCGAGAGGAGGAGACGAGACAGGAUCAACGAGAAGAUGCGAGCGCUGCAAGAGCUCAUACCCCACUGCAACAAGACUGACAAGGCGUCGAUGCUGGACGAGGCGAUCGAGUACCUGAAGACGCUGCAGAUGCAGGUGCAGAUGAUGUGGAUGGGCGGCGGCAUGGCGCCGCCGGCGGUGAUGUUCCCGGGCAUGCAGAUGCACCAGUACCUGCCGCAGAUGGGGCCGCCGUCCAUGGCGCGGAUGCCCUUCAUGGCGCCGCCGCAGCAGGGCCACGGCGUGAGCCUGCCGGAGCAGUACGCGCACUUCCUCGGCGUCAACCCCCACCACCUGCAGCCGCCCUCCCACCACCACCACCACCAGCAUUUCGCGCAGGGGGUGGGCUACUACCCGCUAGGGGCGAAGGCCCUGCAGCAGAGUCCGGCGCUCCACCACGUGCCCAAUGGCAACGCCACCGGCGGCGGCGCGCCUGCCGCUACCGCCAACACCGCGCCGGGGAACGCGAUACACCCAAACAAAAGAUGAG